AUGAAAAUAGAAGUUAUUGAAUCUUAUUAGCUAUCACAUUAACCUAGCCAUGAGAAUUUAUUUAUAAUAAAAUUUAAUAGAAUAGAAAUCCCAUAGAAUCUCAUACUAUUUUCAACUUAAUUUAAUAAUUUAUAGGCCAGUUUCACGGCAACCGGUUCGUGCAAAUACUGCAGCAACAAAUUGCCUCAUAAUUACUACAGGUAAAUGACGAAACCUCAGACUAAUCAGAAUCUAAAACUCGAGGCAUUAAACCUGUAAUCUUCCUCGAUGCAGUUAUAGCACCGAACUGGACCUGACGUUCAAAGGUUCGAUUACUGGUCACAAAGGUUUCAAGCUCGAGUACAGCAAGGCGAACUGCGAUCAGAAUUUCACUGCAGAACAAGGUCGAAUCGUGCACGAAGGUGUGAACGACUGUUGGAUCACGAUAACAGCCCCUGAGAAUCACACGAUUUCUCUUUACUUUAACCAAUUCUCGCUCUACGAUCCGAACGAGUGCACGGAGAACACCUUACAAGCAAGUGUUCUAGUGUACGAUGGUAAUUUCAGCGGUAAAUUAAUAGCAUCAUUGUGCACCAUGGAUUUGCCUAGUCCUAUUUUCAGUAUCGGAAACAAGCUGAGUUUACAUUCCCGGUCCCAAUAUCACAGUAAAUACGAAUUCUACGAUAUCACGUACACCACCACAGCCUCAGGUAAGAACAGAUAUUUGUAUUAGAUAUUAGUAUAUAGUAGCAGGCAAUAGUGUGAAUGACUCUUUUACCGUAUUAACUAUUUCAUACUUACAGUUUGACCCAUUAACCUUCAAGUGGACUUACAAGUUUAAUUCAAUAAUUGUUCUUUAUAUUUAAUUUAUCCCGAAUUGAAUUAAAAUUCAAAUUAAAAUUACUAUUUUUAAAAUUAAACGCAGAGAUCGCGAUAGUUCACUUGAAAAUGAAGGAUGUAACAUUUGAUUUGCAGUUUUUAUAAAAUUCUAUUAUUCAGUAUGGAAGAAAGUUCCGAGAAUUAUCAUUUAAUAUUUUUUCAUCUAGUUGUGUUUUCAUCUUCCACGAGUUUAUGAAAUUUAA